GCUCUCAGCUUUCCCCGCGCUCCUCUUUCGACCAAUUCACUGCUCACCUCACACCCCCAAAAAAGGACACAACCAGCGCAACCGGGCUGUCCCUUGGAGCGACGAAUCACUUUGCGACCGUUCCUCCCCCAUCAUCCGACUGCAAACGUCGUGGGCCCUUGACCUGCGCUUCUACGCCAUUUCCUCACGGGGCACGCAGCCCUUCUUCCUUUCCCCGACUUUCAUAUGCCUACCCUCGGGUUUCUCAAGAAAAAACGGACGAGGGAGGGUAAUCAAGACUCUCAAGGCUCCAGUCUACCCACCAGCCCGGUAACGCCCACCUCCUCCAAGCCGUUCGACAGUUCCAUCUCGACUACCUUGUCGUCCCUCUCCUCAAACUCCCAACCGCCUUCCCUGCCUGCGCUGAAGCAGCAGGAAGAUUUGGAUUUGACCUCGUCUUCCGACGGGGCCAAACAGCAGCAGAUGUAUCCUGUCACUGUCCACCCGCCCAACCAGUCGGGCUCUCACCAGCCGCACUACAAUCAACAAGGUGGAUCGCAACAGAACCUUCCAAGCAUCAACAACCUAAUCAAUUCGACUCAGCAUGACGGCUCGAACAACAGCCAUACUUCCAACAAUAAUUACUUAGCCCAGCCGACCCAACCCUCCCAGCCGAACCCGAGCCCCGGAACCGAUCCCGCGCGACUUCAACAGCAGCAAGCUCAAUCGAUGCUACACCCGCCCCAGCCGCCACAACAUCAACAGCAGCAGCAGCAGCAGCAGCAGCAGCAGCAGCAAAGCCACCAACAGCAGCAACAGCAACAGCACGGCAUGCCACAACAGGUCCCGGACCAGCAGGUCCGUCAGACCAAGGGGAAAUAUACGUUGACCGACUUUGACAUCUUGCGAACGUUGGGAACUGGUAGUUUCGGAAGAGUGCAUCUGGUGCAGUCCAAGCACAACCAGCGCUUCUAUGCCGUCAAGGUGCUGAAGAAGGCGCAGGUCGUCAAGAUGAAGCAGGUCGAACACACCAAUGACGAGAGGAAGAUGUUGGGCGAGGUCAAACACCCGUUCCUGAUCACGCUAUGGGGCACGUUCCAGGACUCCAAAAACCUGUACAUGGUGAUGGACUUUGUUGAAGGUGGUGAGCUGUUUUCGCUGCUGAGGAAAUCUGGGCGCUUCCCUAACCCUGUCGCGAAAUUUUACGCCGCCGAAGUCACGUUAGCGCUCGAGUAUAUGCACUCGAGAAACAUCAUCUACAGAGAUCUCAAGCCAGAGAACCUGCUGCUCGACCGGCAUGGACACCUUAAGAUAACAGAUUUUGGUUUCGCCAAGCGAGUGCCGGACAAGACAUGGACGCUUUGUGGUACUCCAGACUAUCUGGCCCCCGAGGUAGUCUCGAACAAGGGCUACAACAAAUCCGUAGAUUGGUGGUCUCUUGGAAUCUUGAUAUACGAGAUGCUGUGCGGGUACACACCGUUUUGGGACAGCGGGUCACCAAUGAAGAUUUACGAAAACAUCCUCAAGGGCAAGGUGAAAUACCCUGCCUAUAUCAACCCGGAUGCGCAGGAUCUGCUGGAGAAACUGAUUACAGCGGAUCUCACCAAGCGGUUGGGUAACCUGUACGCUGGUCCAAACGAUGUCAAGAACCACCCGUGGUUCACCGAGGUCACGUGGGACAGGCUGGCUCGCAAGGACAUUGAUGCGCCGUACACUCCCCCAGUCAAGGCCGGCGCCGGCGAUGCCAGCCAGUUUGAUAGAUACCCCGAGGACCCCGAACGAUACGGUUCAGCCGGACAUGACGAAUAUGGCCAUCUUUUCACCGAUUUCUAAUGUCUCGCCUGAGAAAGAGUUGAGCUGCCAGCAAGGGUGUACUCGUGGGCUUCAGUCUGCGAGCAGUGUUUGAAUAGUAAAUGGUACCUGGCAGAGGUCAGAGUCUCGAUAGGGAUGCCCGCAGUGCUUUG